AUUUCAUAUCAAAACUGCAUAAAAUGGGCUUUGGAUAUUUACUUUGAAAUAUUUGACCGCUUUGUAGGAUGCAAGAGGAGGAAAGAGUAGCACUUGACUGCAGUAAGGAUGUGAUUAUGGAAGAAGAAAGGAAAGAUAAUGAUAAAUUAGAUAAAACAAAGCAUAUCGGUGUACCUCAGAUGCUUAUUAAUAAAUGGCUUAACAUUCAAAAUAAGAAGUCCAAGUUUAUUCAUGAGGGGAACCAGAUAGAUAACGAAGCUGAUGUGUCCAGAUAUUCAGAGUCUUCUUUUAGUAUGUCGACGAACCAACUCGGAUCACCUGUUAAGAGCCAUGGGAAGAAGUCCAGAAUGUCUAGGUUUGUUACUAAAAAUGUUUCAAAUAUAAUGGAGAAAACUUCUCCUCCAAAUCAGCAUGAUACAUUAAUACUUGAUAAAUAAGAGUAUUAAUGGCAUGAUAGUGGCAAAGAUGGAGUCAGAGUGAAUACAAAGAAAUUUUGAAAAAAUAGGGUUGGAGAAUUAUGUAAAUGAAUCUUUUGGAAGUAUCUCAAAUGAAAACCAUGGCUAUACUGAUGAUGACCGCACUGUAAAAGUAGCCUUCACUCCACCUAACAUGGCUAAAAACUUCAACUUUCAGAAAAAUAUCACUCGUAGAAUUGCCGAGAACAAUAGAGAAAGAAUUGAUGCAAAGAAAUUUAUCAAAGAGAAACAGACAUACCUUAUGAAGAGGAGCAAGCAAUCACCAAAGAAAAUUUGAAAGGAGCAAAGAUUAUUCAGUGAGCAUACUAAGUUUAGGCUCAGACUACUUUCUCCAGGCAUGAAAGCUACUCAGCCCCUUGAUAUGAAAUCUAAGACGUUGAUUAGCAAGUUAUGUACUAAGAGUAAAGUUUUAAAUGGGAGGCUCAGCAGAAAUAAUCGUGAAGGGAAGAUAAAGAAUAAAACUAAAUCAUUCUGGUCUUGUAAUGUGAUGAAAGACGCACCUAACUCACCCUUUACUUCAAAGACACUGUACAAUACUAGAAGAAAUUUUAAGAAUAAUAGGGAAAUAUUUAAGAAUAAGAGUGCCAUUCCUACUUUGAUAAACCUUAAAGAAAUCACUGAAAAUCAUGGAAAGACCUUUGCUAAGUUUAAUCUCAAAUUUAAACAGCCAAAUACGGCUAAUAUGAAGCAGAAUAUGCUGUCUACAAGCUAUAUAUCUAAUUUCUGCAUCAACGAAGAGCGCUCAAAGAGGCUUAACAUCCCUGAAGGUAAAGAGUUAGUUGCUGCAGGCUUCAAAGCAGUUCUACCUCUGAUAAAACCUCCCACUAAAGAUUUCCUCAAGACCAGAAUAAAGCAGGAGAAGAAGGUCAAACUGAAGAUUUCUCUUGAAAAUAUCGACAAGAAGCAGAAAGAUACUUUGAAAAGGUUCUGGUCUCCUGUAAAUCUGACCACUUGCGAAUGGGUGAACCCUAAUCAAUAAUUUUUAUCAAUUUCGAUCCCA